AUGGCCAUCAUUGCUGGUAACUAUGGCUUACGAGCUUGCUUCAUGCUGGUACUCUUAGGCAAAGGCUCACAAUCCAGCCAACUCUCACUUUCCAGAUGUCCCAUCCUUCACGCCCAGUGGAAACAAUUGAUCCAGACCAACAUACAUCAUCUUUGCAGAAUGAGUGGACAGUUUCCUCUUCAAUGCAUAUCUGAAACAACAGACUUUAGGUUCCCUCUGGAAGCUCACAGAGGUAUUAAGAGUGAUAGUGGAAUUGUUAUCUACGAGAUCCUCCAACACAUCUUCUACUUCAUUAGCAAAGACCAUCCCAACAAUAUCUGGAACUCAACGUGCAUCGACAACCUACGGAACAGCCUUCACCAGCAAAUUGAACAACUGGAGACAUGCUGCAGUGCUACAGAGAUGCAGAAUGGUCUGAAGACCUGUGACAAUGUAGGGUCAUAUCCCUUGACUCUGAAAUUCAAGAGAUAUUUCCAAAGAAUGAACAAUUUCCUAAAUAGCAAUCAACAGAGUCAGUGUGCCUGGGAAACGAUUUUCUUAGAAAUGAAAGGAUGCUUGCUCUUCAUAACCCAGAUUCUCAACGAGCUUAAGUGA